GCACCCCCCAUUGCGCCAAAUGGUAGCGUCGGUUACCAUGGUUUCGCCGUACACACUUCUCAGUACACAGCGUGACUGCGCAUCUCCGGGGUCCUAGUGCAGCUCUCCACAUUCUAUCAGCAGCCUAGCAGACACACAGGCGGCAGACAUGUGCAGUCUCUACCACUCCAGCUGUUCUCCUGACGAACACACGGGGGCAGUGACGUUCAUUGUGGGCACUCUGGAUGGAGACCCUGUGAAUUUAAAUCUCCUGAAGGACUAUGUCUCCAGAACUAUAUACAACCUUGUUAGUAGCCUGAGAGUACCAUCAUUCAACAUUAUCCACUGUUCCCACAAGAUUAACAAGUUUUGUGACCGGGCCGUGACUUGGAGUCCGGAGGCGGCCUCACAAGCUGUUUUGUGGAUCCGGAACCUUGUCUGCGAUUCUGGAGCCAGCCUUACUGAUGCCCUGGCUGCAGCAUUUGAGGACCCAUCGUGCCAGGCUGUGUACUUGGUGAUAGACGCCCUGCCGCCCAGCGUGCUGCAGCAUAUCUACAGCUUUCUGGACAGAGAGGAGAAUACCCGCUCGGUAAACGUAGUGUACCUUUUGGAAAAGCCACGCGAUAGUCAGGCGGAAGGAUCUUUCCGUAUGAUUAAUCUAGAACCUCUUGGAUCAUCUAAUAAGAUCAGGAUUGAUGGUAAUCAAAGGCUCAGCCGCAGCUGCUCGUCUACGUCAUCCUGCGUAUCAUCCUACAAAUCGCCUUGCACGUCAUCCUGCGUAUCAUCCUACACAUCGCCCUGCACGUCAUCCUGCGUAUCCUACAAAUCAUCCUGCACAUCGCCCUGUACUUCAUCCUGCGUAUCAUCCUACACAUCCUCUACGAUACUCUCCUCUGAACCUCAGUUGCCACCAUUCAGCUACAAUUUGUCCUCCAAAGAACCUCCAGUGACUUGUGAAAUGAAUGGGAGCCUUGUGACUGUGACACCGGAGGCGCUGAGUCUGCUGAGAGGAGCAAGGGUAUUGGCUCGCAGAGACACUGACAGUCUGUACUACCUGGGGCACAUAGCCUGCGAGGUGGAGGGUUCCUGUGAUCGUUUCCUUGUGGAGUUUGAGAAAUGUCGCUCUCCGAAAGGCAAAGGUCAGUUCCGCAUGCAGGAAACAUCCGUUUGCGACAUCAUCCACUAUGAGGAUGCAAGGUGGAGACCUCUCGUUCCUGGAGACCACGUGCUGGCACCGGUGGAUGGAAACAUGGAUAAGUAUGGGCCUGGAACCGUCUUACAAGGAGGAGAAAGCCGGAUCUGCGGCUUAGCUUCUGACAGCAAUGGGGUUCUAGUAACUUUCUGGAACGGGAAGACCAAGCAAGUCGCUCCUGGCCUGGCCAUCUGGAUCCCACAGAGAUUAAGUGACCGCAUCACCCUGGAGCUGCACGUUCCUCUGGAAGCCAGGAAGAAGCUCAUGGAAUCCUGCCCUGGUUUUCCCUUCAUAGGGUCUGCCAACACACAUCCCGUGUGCACGGCCAAAGAGAAAGUUGGUGGACCUGGAUCUCAUACCUGCUUAUACUGUAGCCCCAGUGGUGGUACCUGCCAGACAUGCUAUGUGCCGGAGGAGCUCUGGGCAGCGCUGAGGAACUCACUGAGCCAUGUCAGUCAAAUGACUUCCUCCAAAGAGAAACCUUCCAAGAAGGUGGCGAAAGAUCAGGUGCCAACAAAAGACAUUGCCUCCAAGGAGAAGAACAAACGUCAAAGCAAGAUCAUAAGAGACCAGAGAGCCCACCAGGGAGGGGACCAGAUAGGUAGACAUAAGGAUCAUAUGGUCUGUAGCAGGGACACUCAGACUGACAGAACCAGCGGCCCCUACACCCCAAUCAAAUCUAAUGUUAAAGCAGCACAAGGUGACCCAAUGAAGUCCUCGAACAAAACCUCAACAAGCCUGGACAACAUGACCCAUCUGCAGGCAACGCUGCACCGUAUUGAUAAGGCCAUGAAAGAAGAUCGCUUAGCCAUGGAAUCUGCGAUACUGGAGCGCACUCCUCUAAGGCUGAAUGCUGAACCUAGAGCGCCCAAAUAUCAGGAGCGGAGAGAGAGAAAAGAAGUAGGACAAGCAGAAGUGUGGAGGAUUCAGGAGGAGGAGAGAAAGAAAAGGAGAAAGGAGAAGACCUGGGAAAUGGAACAGAGAGAACUGAUGCUUCAAGAUAGCAGGCUAUGCUCUGAGCAAAGAAUCCUGCUUGACCUGGAGAGAAGACAGGACCGCGAGGGCUUAGAAGUGCAGCAGGCGGAAUCCCGCAGAGGUCACAGGAAAGAAGAGAACAUGGAGAGAGAGUACAGGAAUGAGGGGCAAAGAGUCCAGUUCCACGGUGACCUUCAACAGCAGAGAGAUGAUCUAGCUCUGGGAAAGAGAAGGAAACAGCCCAAGCAGAAAGAGAAGAAAGACAAACAUAAGGACCUGGUGCAGAACAGGGUGAUGGUGCAGCAGGAAGAGGAUCUGCAGGACUGGCGCAGGCACCAGCAGCUGCAGACAGGGUCCGUGCACAGAGUCUCCAAGAGACUGGAGCAGUUUUACCACCAGGCGGAGAAGGAGUCUAAACCAGACACCGACCUGCAGCAAUACCUGAAGGAGCACAACCUCCAGGCUCUGCGUUCAGUCAUGGUCCUGUGAUAACUGUAAUGUGUGCUGGGCUGUAUGUGUAGGAAUGGGUGCACGCAGGAGUGUGCAGUAGCAUUGCAGCGGUUAUACAUAUAGUACUGAAUGUGCAUUUACAAAUGGACGCUGCACUCAGUGCCCACACACAGUAAGGUCAUUGCACCUUCAUUUAGUUCUAUGGUUAUUUAAAAUCUUAGGUCUAUAAAUCUUAUGUACAAUGGUGUUCCAGACCCCUAUACUGCCGGAGUAUUACACCCCGUCCCCUCCAGUCCCUCCUUCCACAUGUACCGACGUAUGUACACUGGGAUGUGUGAUGGGGUUAGGAAUGGAGGUGAACCUGGCCUCCGUAUCCCCAGCCGCCCCUACGACAAGGUUAUGGUCUUGCCUCAUGUAAGGCCGACUCUUCCUAUGGAACACACCUGAUGCAGGCGGCAGAACAGGAGCGUUGGUACAGUGCAGCUGCUCGGUUUCCCACCAAUCAGGAGCUUUGCUAGGCUCAUACACUGGCAGCCCCUCUACAACUGUGUUUCGUAUGUGGUAAUAGUAUGAACUGUGCAUUUUCAUUUAAAACAUCCUUUAUCCCCGACACGGAUUUAAAAAAAGUUACUAUAUUUAAAGCCCUAAAAUGAAACAUUUUAAUUCUAUUUAAUCCCUUAAACUAUCGUCAAUGAGAGGAAGUACUGUUACAGUACUAUUAAUAGGAGAUGUUAUCCAUAAAAAUUAAUAAAUUACCAUGAAUUAAUGAUAAUUGUCUUUGGAAUCAUGUUUUGUAUUUAAGUAUUCCAAAAAUGAUAAACAACCUAUACCCAAUAAAUAUGUAAACAGUGACAA